GCGGGGCCAGACGCGAGACCCGCCUCCACCAGCGCCUGUGAGCCGCCGAGUGCGUGGCCCGGGCUUGUUUUGGGGAGGCGGGGGCUUCAGUCAGAGGCGCCGCCCUAGAGACCCUGGGCCGGCGCUGGGCGCAGCCAGCCGCCUCUUCGCGUUUGCCUGUCCGUCUUUGUGUCUGUCUCUGUGUCUGUCUGACUGCCUCCGAGCUUGCCUCCACUUCCACAACUAAGCCUCCAGGACACGACUCCCUGCACACCUUCACCCCUUUCCCAUGGCAGGCUACAUGCCCCCUACAGGCUACGCCCCUUCGCCCCCACCUCCCUACCCAGUGACCUCCGGGUACCAGGAGCCUGCGCUGCAUCCUGGCCCCGGGCAGGCGCCAGUGCCCCCCCAGGUGCCUGCCCCCACGCCUGGCUUCGCCCUCUUCCCUUCGCCGGGUCCUGUGGCCCCAGCGCCUCCUGCUCCCUUCUUGCCACUGCCAGGGGUGCCUUCUGGCCUCGAAUUUCUGGUGCAGAUUGAUCAGAUCUUGGUUCACCAGAAGACUGAGCGAGUGGAAACGUUCCUAGGCUGGGAGACCUGUAACCGGUACGAACUGCGCUCAGGGGCCGGGCAGCCUUUGGGUCAGGCUGCGGAGGAGAGCAAUUGCUGCGCCCGUCUGUGCUGUGGCGCCCGCCGGCCUCUGCGUGUCCGCCUGGCGGAUCCCGGGGACCGUGAGGUGCUACGCCUCCUCCGCCCGCUCCAUUGUGGUUGCAGCUGCUGCCCCUGUGGCCUCCAGGAGAUGGAAGUACAGGCUCCUCCUGGCACCACCAUUGGCCACGUGCUGCAGACUUGGCAUCCCUUCCUCCCUAAGUUCUCCAUUCAGGAUGCUGAUCGCCAGACUGUCCUCCGAGUGGUGGGACCUUGCUGGACCUGUGGUUGUGGCACAGAUACCAACUUUGAGGUUAAGACUAAGGAUGAAUCCCGAAGUGUGGGCCUCAUCAGCAAGCAAUGGGGAGGGCUGCUUCGAGAAACCCUCACAGAUGCAGAUGACUUUGGCCUCCAGUUUCCAGUGGAUCUGGACGUGAGGGUGAAGGCUGUGCUGCUAGGAGCCACGUUCCUCAUUGACUACAUGUUCUUCGAGAAGCGAGGAGGCACUGGACCCUCUGCCAUCACCAGUUAGAAGCCACCUCAGGAUGAGGAGACCAUCAUCUCAACAAGAAUUCAAGAUGGUCGAUGGCCGUGGCCUGGACACUCCUCAGAGGCAGCCCCUUCCAUGUAGAGGACAAACAGGGAUGUGUUGAGUGCCUGGGAUCUAUGUUACCCUAUUCCUAUCAUCUCCCCCGGCCUCCUUCACCUGUGGCCCAGAAGAAGGGGGUAUGUAUGAGUCUUUGCCUGCUACCUCCCACCACCUCCCUGUAGUUCUUGGGCACACUGGCAUGUCAGCUUUCAAACUUUCCUUGCUCACUCCCUCCCACAUCCUUUAGGGCCUCAUUACCAGAGGCCUUUUUUUUUUCCUGCCAAUACUGGGUUUUUGAACCUUGGCCUCCCACUUGAGCUAGGGCCCCAACCACCAGAGGGAGGUUUUAAACCACAAAACUAUGGGUUUACAACAGGGCUGGUGGGAGAUGGGCAGCACCAAAGAUGGAAGAUAUGCCACCCUUCCCCUGCUUGGCCAGUUAGUUCUGUCUCAGACUAUGGCACUUUCAGGGGCUUUCCACCUGUCCACCAACAGCUGUAGAGGUUGGACCCCAGUGCCAACUUCCUUUCCCCCUUGGGCCCUGCCCACAGCUGGUGCUUGCUGUAGCUUCCUGUGCCUUAUUUAACCACCCCUUCCUUCCCUUGCUCUAGGAAGGAGGCUACGUCUUUGUAUGUUGUAUUCAUAUAAACUUUGUAACUUUUUGAA